AUGGAAGCCCAUGGAAACUUCAUCAACCAACUUCUCAACCGACUACUUCCACUUUCCAACAACCACCAACCAUCUACAUCCAAGAUGCCUAACCAGAUGACCAAAGGCGAUGCGUCUCGCAUCCAGCACUCCCAGGCCCAGGCCGGACACAACACUGGCGCUAGUUCCUUUGCCGCGAGAGCCCAGUCCGCUGGAGACCGCAACGCGAACGCUUCGUCUAACUCCCAGUCCAACAACGGCCAGCAGUCGAACACCGGCAAGUGAACAUCGACUCGAUACGAGUACGGCUUGAUGAGAUACGGUCUUCAACGUCUGGAAUAUGGAUAUGGUGAUUUUCGGAUACGCCAUGCUGGGUUUCUUGCCAUUACAUAUGAGCUUUUCAGUUACUUGGAGUUGCGUCGUUGGGUCUUUGCUUUCGGUUGCUUCACUGAGCUAGCUUUGUCAAUGGAAUAAGCAACUACCUGAUACAUCUUUUAUUGCCCGUUGUCCUGUAAUAACUGAGCCCUAUUCUUAGUGUGGGGUAUCUUCGUUUCGUAGCUGCAUAGCUGCAUGCAGAUUUGAUGUGUACUGAGUUGCCUUCUCAAACUCCCAAAUGAGUGGACUAGUUAAUGGUAAUUGUCUCCUGAGAAGUACUCGUACCAACUACAAAUAUUCUAUGAUGUAUAUAAACCACGGUCAGCCACGAUCAAACCAC